AUGGCUCUCAGCGCACUUCCGGCCAUCACUUCCCCGCGAUUCGAACCCGAGCCGCGAAAGGGCUCUACUCCCGCCAUAGUCACCUCGAUCAAACGAGCCUCAUACCCUACACGCAGCCUCGAAUUCCUCCGAAAAUUGGAAGCAAAGUCCCCAGGUGCCUGCUCAAACGUCGAAAGCGUACGCAACGAUCGAAAACUACAGCUUCAAGUGACUGUUGUCGGAGCCGGCAUUGGCGGGCUUGCGACUUCGAUUGCCCUUGCUCGGGAGGGCCACGCUGUCACAGUUUUAGAGCAAGCGUCAGCCCUUGCUGAGGUUGGCGCGGGUAUUCAGAUUCCUCCCAACUCCUCCAAGCUACUCCUGAAAUGGGGCCUAGGCCCAUUAUUCGAGGGCAAGGCGGUUGAGCCACGAGGAAUAACUUUUCGCAGAUGGGAAACUGGGAACGCUAUUGGGUAUACCAGGCUUAUACCAGACUUCCGAAGCUCCUUUGAGGCACCAUACUAUGUGAUCCAUCGGGCCCAUCUGCAUGAAGCCUUGCACGAAACUGCCGUCAAGCUUGGAGUCACAGUAAAGCUAAAUAGUAAAGUUACCGAGUAUAACGAGAUGGUACCUUCUAUCAAGAUGCAAGAUGGAGUGAUCUUGAAAUCGGACUUGAUCGUUGCAGCCGAUGGGGUUAAGUCGACUGCCCGCAAGCUUAUCCUGGGCAAAGAUAAUAAGGACCCUAUCCGGACUGGGUUUGCAGUAUAUCGGUCGACAAUAGACGUGCAAAAGAUGAGGGAUGACCCUGAAACAGCUACGCUUCUACGUGAGCCGGCCCUCAACGUUUGGAUCGGGCCGCAGCGCCACGUAAUGUCAUACACAAUCGCUGCAGGAAAGUCAUUCAACCUGGUUCUCUCUCAUGUAGAUGAUACCGAUCCCGCCACCUGGCGCGCGGAAGAUUCACUGGAUAACAUGAGAGCCCAAUUCGAGGGUUGGGACCCAGUACUCACAAAGAUCAUUGCAAUGAUUGACAAGACAAUCAAGUGGCCUCUCCUCUCAGGCGAUCCCUCUAUUCCUAGUUGGAUAUCUCAAUCCGGCAAAGUCAUCAUGUUGGGAGACGCAGCCCACGCCAUGGUCCCCUAUAUGUCUCAAGGCGCGGCCAUGGCCGUGGAAGAUGGUGCAGCACUGGCAGCGGCCCUGUCCCACGUGUGCACCAUUUCUGACCUCCCCAGAGCCCUAUCUGUCUUCGACAUUGUGAGGAGAAGGCGGGCCGGCCAGAUGCAGGAAGCUAGUCUCGUCAAUGGCAAAAUCUGGCACUUUGAUGACGGACCUGAACAGGCCGCAAGAGACGAAGCUAUGGAGCCGGAGAUCAAGGGGCUUCCUAUAUCGGAGAGCCCAAAUCAGUGGACUGACCCUGUUACACAAGCGUGGGCGUACGGGUAUAGCGCAGAAGAUGAUAUUCAUUUGUCUUGGAACCAGUUCAAAUCAAGGCUAUUCUGA